AUGGCCCCGGCCUCACUCCCACCAUCUCCAUCCCCAACACCAGCGUCAACACCCGAGCAAGAGCCCACGACAUUAACGUCAACGUCAACGUCAACGUCCGCCUCGAUCUCGAAUUCAACCUCGAACCCGCAACCAGAGACUAUCACAAACCCGAUAAUCCACAUCGUCCACUUCCGUUUCUACAAACACAUCCCCACCUCCGUCCGGUCCAGCAUCUCUCGCCAAUUCGUGGCCCUGCAGACACGGUGUCUCCACCCCGUGACGCGAAAGCCGUAUAUCAAAAGUUUCACCGGCGGGAAAGACGUCUCGAUCGAGAACCUGCACAAGGGGUUUCACGCCGCAUUUGUGCUCGAGUUUGAAUCGCCCGAGGAUCGCGAUUGGUAUGUCAAUUCCGAUCCCGUGCACAGGGGGUUCGGGGUGGAUUGUUUGACCGGGGUUGUGGAGGAUGUGAUGGUCGUGGAUUUUCGGAGGGGCGAGUUUUGA